AUGUCAUGGAAUUGUGUGGUUGAGGUGGUGGUGCGAUCACUGCUCGCGCCACUCGUCCUGAGCAACUUGGUGAUCGAUUGUGGGGUGCGCGGGCGGGGGCUCAUGGUACAUGCUGGAGUGUGCCGCGGCCUUGUGUUUAAUCUUUUCCGCAUGAUUGUUGAUCACACGUUUCGAGGUGUAGGGGCGGUCAUCCUGGAUCCGCGGCACUCAGGUUUGUGGCCCACCGCAGACACUCGUGGGGGACAGAAAAAGGGCCUGAUUCGGCAGCAUGAGUGUCGUACUUGUGGCCCCUCCUUGUCUGGCGAGGAAGCGAAUCUCAGGCAAGCUUGGAGUGUGAGUGACGAACAGGGGCCAUCUUUUGGAGAAGGUGAAGAUCUGGCCGAAAGCCUGUUGCCACUACUGGCGAGGUUGUCAUCGAAGGAAAGGGAUGCCUUGCUUUCGAAGAUGGCGGAUCUACAACGACAAGUCCAGGCGGGAGAUGUCAGCCGGAAGUUGGAAGAGAUCUGCCGGCAACUGGGGCUGGAGUGUCGUGGGUUGAAAAAUCGGACAAGUACAGCCAUCAUAGGAGGGGCUGCUGAAAGUCGCUUACUCAACAGCCAAAAAAACCCGGAGACGGAUUUCGAAGCCAUUGCGGCAGCACAAAAGCGAAUGGCUUGCUUGGAGGAGCAACUGGAACUUCAACGAGAAGGUCUGCAACGGCAACGCCGCAAGAGCGUUCAGGCGCCUGUGGUGCUUGCUGGGCAUUCCUUGUUGCAUGGGAGUCUGUUGAAAGCAGCUUCCAAAGAACAUGACCAGUGCCGUGCAGAGUGUGAUCGCCUACAGGCGGAACAGGGUCUCCGCUAA